AUGUCGGACCCGUUGAGCGUCACCGCUAGCGUUCUCGCAGUGGCCACUGCCGCAUUCCAGGUCGCCAAAGCUUUGAAUGAGCUCGCGGAGGGCAUAGGAUCAGCCGGCGCAGAAGUCCGAUUCUACGCCAACGAGCUGGAUUCCUUUGCCAAAUUACUCCGAGUAAUAGAGACUCACGUAUCCGAUCGAGAGGACGAAGCGAGUGCCGUAGAGCACGGUCUACUCCUGGAAAUCGUGGGCGUUUGCAAACGCACUCUGGAGCCGAUCAAGUCUGUGCAAACGAAAUUGAGCCCGCUUCUUGAGCGGUACCGAGACAGCCACAGCAAACUCCGGAGCUUUGGACUUCGUAUCUGGUGGAUCUUCAGCAAGAAGGGAGAAAUGUUGUUCUACCGCGGUGCUUUACGCCGACAACAUGAGCUGCUUGACACGACGCUCAGUUCCAUGAUCCUGAAGGCGACGUCGACGAGGGACAAAAGCCCUCGCAACAUUCAAAACAUCUAUGUGCUACAACUUUCUGUGGAAAACUCCGUCACCAACAUCAAGGCUACCUUGCGUGAGCCGGCACAGUUACGUAUUGAGAUGGAGUCACAGCCCAUCAGUUCAUCCGAACGUCUUCUCACCGCAGACGGGGGACAUCAAGACAGAGCCAUGGCUGAAACGGAACCCCCACAGUCGCCCGUGGCAGCAGGCCCGGGUGAUCAGAACGGGCCUGAGACGACAAUAGCGAAUCCGCCCAUCAGGAGGGACACAAUUCUGGGCUUGGUAGUCAGGGCUCCUCAGGCGCCCGAAACAGACCCCGAAGUAGAUCCCGAAGUUGACGCAGCACUGGAGGGCCUGGGCGUUGAAGAGACUCUUGACGCGCACUUUCAAGAAUCUGCCCAAGAGUUCUGGGAGGAUAUGAGAGCGGUAUCUCGGAAAGUGCUCCGCUAUGCUUCUGAGGAUAUGGUCAAGUUCCUCAGCAAGGUGUCGCCAAAGACCGAAGUCUACGACUUCGACAUCAUCGGACCGCAAGGCCAAAUCCUCAUGCCGCAAUACUGGUCGCGGGUCGUCCAGCCUGGCUGGUCUAUUGAACUGCUGUUCCAUGAAAGCAAUUUGAACCUAUCGAGCAUGACAAAGCGCAGGCUCCGACUGAAAGAGGAACUCGAGGACCUACAACAGGAGCUGGAAUACAAGAAAGCGAUGGAUGCUCUCAACGGCGGGGACUGGUAA